AUUUUAUGGUGUUAAAUCAUGUCUUACUUAAGUGUAUUUGUGUUGCAUUUAGUCUAAUUAAUAGACUAUUAUUAGACUAGUUAUUUUAGGUAAAGCCUUGUAAUGUGUGCAUUUGGGCCACCUCCAUUAAAGGGCCCAAUCACACUUAGGUCACAUCACCCAUUCCCUAGGCAUAUAAAUAUUGCCUUAAAGGGAAUGAGAUCUGAGGCCUUCCCAGAAAUUCCCUGCGCAAUAGCCUAGAGCUAGAGAGAGUUUACGCUACCUUGAAAUAUCAUUCUGUAAAACUCAUUCUCUAUCAAUGGAAGGUUUCAUUCUAUAAGCUCUAUUUAUAUUUCUAGAAUAGAAACAGGGACCAACAAUUGGUAUCAGAGCUGAGCGUGUGACCGAUUGAAGUUUCUGCUAUUGAUCGAUCGAUUGAAGUUGAAGAACAGGAUUUGCGCGAUUUUUCAUCGGCACUUUUCUGCCUCGUGCGCGAUCUUGUAAAUUGUUUUUUUGUUGUUGUUUUUGCAGGAAAAUAUUUACAGGAAAGUGUUUCUAGGCUUGUAAGGUUUCAUUAUGUGAAAAAUCGCACCGAGAAAGUUGGCGUACAGGUUAAGCUGAAGUUGAGCGAUUUUGCAUUUUCGCGCAACUCCUCUAGGAAGAAGAACAGGUUUAGCGCAACUACUUUGUUGAGCGAUUUUCAACUUCGCGCAAAGUCAUUGCGCGAUUUACAGGACUUGAGCGAUCCAGUACUUGAGCCAUUUUUCUACUUGAGCGAUUUUAAGACUUGAGCGUGCGAUUACACUUGAGCGAUUUGAGCGAUUUACACUUGCGCCAUUAAAAACUAUUGCAGGUGCGCGAUCUUGUGUGUUGUUGUGCGCUAUUCUUGCAGGUGCGAGAGAUCAUCCCUGCGCGAUUCAUCCCGCCUUUGUGCGCGAUUUCAUCUCCCUUUGCGCGGAGCGAGUUGCACGAAAAGAGGCGGACCUGUGUUGCGCGAUCCAUCCCGGGUGCGCGAUUAGUCCUUGUUGCGCGAUUUACUUGCGCGUUCCAUCCCGGGCGCGCGAUCCUUGCUCGAUCUUUACGUGCGCGAUUCAGCUACAUUUGCACGAUCUGAGUUGCGCGAUCAGCUAGUGCUCCCUUUCAUUUACUCAAAAAAAAACGAAAAGGGCAAAAUUGUCUUUUGUGACCCGGCGAAUUUUGCGGCUAUCGUGUCCGCAGGUCGCCCGCGCAGGGGGGGUGCGAAUUUUCAGUUUUGAACUUGAAGCCGAAAUCCCAUGUGCGCGAGAGCUCCCCUCUUCUCCUACACCAUUUAAUCUUAAGGAAAGGGUACUCCAUAUAUAUAGGCUCCAAAAGUCUCUUGGAGUUUAGGUGUGGGAUAAGUUAACAAGCUUACUUUUCCCUUCCCUUGGAAGAGUACACUUUUUGCACUUACCCACUUCAAGAGCUAAUUUUGAGCCCAAUUCAAACCUUGUGGUCAAACUCUAAAACAAAAGGUCUACACUUUGUCAAAGCUUCAUAUAGUCAACCUUGAGAUAAAAAAAUAAAAAAAAAAUAAUAAAAAUUAAUUAAAAAAAAAUAAUAAAUAAAAAAAAAGUCAAAAAUCUCAAGGUUAAGACUAAUUUUUCUCAAAGUCAAAGCUACAUUUUCAAGAGCCACUAACCUGCAGAAAAACUUCAAUCAACCACACGUCAACGAUCAACAUUCAACAAUCAAUCAUGACUGCCCCAACCGCUGCUGAUAAAGUGACUGCCCUCUCUGUUAAAAACAAGAAUGCAGACAGCGCUGUAAGUACUUCUAAUCCUUUUGCUUAUACUUGCUCUAGAACUGACCCACACGAUAGAAUUAAGGAGCUUGAGGAAAAAUUUAAUACGGGAUUUAGUGUGUAUAACAGACUACGUAUCAAUUCAGAGAAAAUCAUCACUAAGCUCACUGCUGAGAAUAAAAGACUUAGCACUAGCGAAAAAGAACUGACAGAGAAGCUUAGAACAACUGAGAAAGAGAGAAUUAGACUUUUUGGUGUAAACAAUUUACUUAUGGAAAGAAGGGGUGCUCUUUACACCAAAAUCAAAGAACUUGAAGACCUGUUAGCCAAGAGAGACCAAACAGACCAGACUAUUUUCCUUAAUCAGCCUAAGGACACUCGUUUCUAUAUCGCCAAGGAGGGCCUAGGAUUGACCAAUCCUCAGAACCUGAAAAAGGUCAACUGUAAACAACUCUAUGAUGUUAGAUACAUGAAAAUAGGAUUGACCAAGCUUAUGGCCUUCACUGGAGCUGAAGAAACGAAUGCCCUCGAGGACGAAAAGAGAAAGACAAAGGCUGGUGUCGAGGUUCAUUUUGACUACACAGAGUUGAACAAGAGUUACAAAACCAAAGAACCCCCGCUAACACCUGCUGAUGAAGUCAUAACUUAUGCUCCUGAAAAGGAAAUUGUGCAAGAUGGAGAGGAACCUUCAGCUUCAGAACCUGUAGUCAAACCAGCAUACAUUCCAUCUCUUGUGAGAAAGUUUGCUGAGUUAAAAGAAUCUUUUGAAAAGGAGAAACAAGUUUUAGAAAAAGAAAAGGAUCAACUUUUGAAAGAAAUAUCCAUGUUAAAAACAUCCUCUGAGUCCAUCACAGUUUCUCAACCCUCUUCCCUCUCUUCCUCAGAAAAAUGUUUAGAAAAUUCAACCAAUACUUCUAAAACUUCUUCCACUCACUCUGAGCCUCCUUCUCAGACCGGAAAGCAUGUGAAGAAGAGAGUUGAGAAGAGAGGAGAGUGGAUCGAGGAGAAGUUAAGAAGGAGGAAGAAACAAGAAGAAUCUCAUCUAGGAAAUAAUAAUCGACGUUCGAGUGCUUUGUUUUACGUAAAGAAUAAGUCUAGAUCUGGCAUUAGUGAGCUUCCAACUAGUAAUACUAGAAGUGGUGUUCCUAGGAAUUUCCUAAGCGAAUCCUCGACUAGUAAUGCUAAAAGAGUGGCUCCUAAGUUUUCUAGUUCUAAGACAUCUGUCAAGAAUCGCUACUCUAGUACUUGUUCUCUGAAUUGUGUUAAGCCAAUGAAAGUUUGCUGUUUUGAGCCUGCUUCCUCCUCCAUCAAUGAUAAGAAUGUGAAUGUUCAGAGAUGCCCAAAGAAAUCAACUGCUGUGAAGGUGAACUUUGAGGGAGAGUACAAAUUGCCGUGUUUAAGGUAUCCCCUCAAGGUUCGCUCACUUAAACAUUUGAAAAGACUCUCUCAAGAAACAAUUUUAAAAGAUCAUAUGUCUGAACAUUCACUCAUUCUUAAUGAAAUCUCCCUUACUCCAAAGUUCAAACAACAAUGGGUUCCUAAGGCUGAAGCUGAGAAACUAAGAACGUCAAACACUUCUCAAUCAGCUGGCCUAGGUUCCCAAAUAAAACAAAAGCUGAAACAUUUCUUUGACAUUGAUAAGGAAGGACCCACUUGGAGGUGGGUACCGAAAUGUACUUAAUCUGUUUUGCAGGUCCGUCAUGUGUGGUACCUGAUCCGAUUGCUCCACACACAUGGCGGGUGAGAAGAGCUGUGAGCAAUCAAUUGGUGCACAUUAUUAAGGGGAGUAUUGGCAUGUAUACUACCCCACUGAGCAGAAAAUCAACAAAUGCACACCUCAACACCAACACAUGCCAAGAAGAAACAACAAGUGCUUAUUCUGAGGGGGAGUGUUUCUUUGUCACUCUUCCUGGUGCCUUACAACGAAGAAAGCACAUAUCAAGGGGGAGUUUUCUACUUUACUCCCCGGGUGACAAACAACACCUUGCACUUUCUGAGGGGGAGUUACAAUUUUCUCCUCCUGACGCUACUGCAAGGAGAAUAAUUUUAUACUCCCUACGGCUCAGAUAAACCCCCCUGAGCCUACCCCAGGGAGUCAACCGAGAGUAAGUGAGGGUCCUGAGAGUUCUACCCAGCCACAAAGACCAGUGGCAAGUUGGCCCCAUGAUGAUCAGACGACGUCUGCUGAGGGCCACCCCCAAGUUGCUGAGGAGAUUUUCCAUGAUUCGCCAAGCGUAGCCAGAACAAUAAACGCUGACGAUGAGGGCUCCGGUAGCAAGGCUAACAAGCGCAACAAGUCAACAAGGAUGAUGAGAUUAAUGAUGAUGCGGACGACAACGCUAAUCAAGCCAGGGAGCCUCCGGUACAAAAACGCCGACUCAUUAUCAGGCUCCCCACGGAAACAGAAAUAGAGGCGUCUUACUCACGAACAAACAAAGAAGGAAAUAUCAUAAGUGAGACGCGCUCCAAGCAUCAAAAUGACAUACUUCCUCAUCAUUCACUCCUACACAGAGAAUACAAACCGCAAGCAGCCUGACCAAAGAAUUAGCCAUGUUUGACGAGUGUACAAACCUAGAUGUAGUAAACCGGACUGACCCCAUAGGAGCAGAAGCUGACUUUCUCAGUUUCCGAGUAGAAGACGCAGCAUCUAGUCCAACUGCGCAUGCACAAGCCACACCUAGCCACUCUGCUGCCUCCCAACAGGUAGUAGUUUCACAAAUAGGGGAUCUUAUACCCACCUCUCUGCCCCCUUACGGAGCAGUUGGGGACAUACAUAGUGGUCUAUCACCCCGGGCCACUACCCCUUCUUCAAUCACAUUGAGUCUAGGUGUCACACUCCCUACAUUUUCAACUUUUCUAGGACACAUACACUUUUCACACCACCUCACUCUACAGGUCCACUUUCCCUGUCAACAACGAUCGGAGAUACUUCGAUGAUGAUCGGAAGUCCUGCCGUUCAACAGAUAACUCAAUUAUUAUCUGCAGGCCACACACCAGUAAACUUUACUGAUGUUGUGACAACGGUUACUACCCCUGUAACCGGACAACCCUAACCCUACCGACCUUGCAGUCAUUCAGCAGCGUUGCUUGGAUUCCACCAUUAAACCAUGGGUGCACGAAGCAAUAACCGCUCGGGCAUAGGAAUUCAGGACCACCCCGACGCUUCUUAAUGACAUCAUCAAACCCUAACUCAACCCUCAUCCUCCCACUCCCAACAGCAACUCACCCCAAUCCUUAUCCUAUCCCAUUUACAAUGCCAUUCGAUGACCUAGCAUCCAUUAUGCUAGCGAGAAUUCUUGAAAACGAAGAAGCUCCACUCACUGACAAACAAAGAGCUCUUUUUGUAGUACCUGAAACCAAAAGCACAUGCCAUGACAGUCUCCGCGGUCACAAACAUUUGCAUGAGGACUCCAAUGAUUCGGCUCCUCAUGAGGGGGAGAAUAAGAGGCAACGGAUACUCGAGCAUGGUGCUUCAUCUAGCCAAUCACCCCAACUUGAACCCUCAAACAACCUAGAUUAAAUGCAAGAAUUCUCUCAAGGAUGCAAAUUUUAAGGGGGAGUUUUCAAAGUUCUCCUCCCAAGCGCCAAACAUCGUCAAAGGCAUCCUACUCAGUGCUCCAGUUGAGGGGGAGUACGCAGAGAGAAAAUAAACAACAUCAAUGAGAGAUAAGUCCCAAUGGCUUAGUAAACCCAACUAAGCCUACCCAAGGGACAAAGCCGAGAGUGAGUAGAUGAGUGAAUAUUAUGAGUGAGGAAGCAGAAGGCUCCGAUGAGCAAGAAGACAAUAAUCAAUGACAAAACUGCUACCUCAAAUGAGCUAUCAAUCGAGGAAUCAAUCCCAGUCACUCAAAUACUCCGGACAAUCCCCAUAGGUUCAGGACUGAAUUUAUUCAGAUCCCGGGUAGAAGUCGCUGCAUUUUGUCCAAACAGCGCGUGCACAACCCUACCCUAGACCACUCACUUGUCUCCCAACAGACAGGUGUUUAAUCACUGUUCACGGGGAACCUCAUCUCUUAUCACCGUCUCCUUCUGAGGCGACUGAUACUGACUACAGUGGCCCUCAGCCCCAUGCCACUGAACUUUCAUUGAUCACAUUGUGUCUAGUUAUCUCACUCCUAAAUGUUUUGAAUUUUCUAGGACACAGACACAUUUUUAGAGUCAGUUGCAGGUCCAAGUGACCAUGCGAGAACUUCCAUAGGGCUCAUCUUCUAUAGAUGUAGACCGAUGAUUGGAUGGAAGUCCUGAUGUUGCAACAUAGAAAUCACCAACAUUUUCAGGCCAUCAUUUAGAGUUCAUCUCCAUAGUGAUGAUAACGGGUGUCUACAUGAUCCCGGGGGGCUACAAUUAUCUAUGCUGAUCCUAGUGAUCAUGCCAUAACAACCAGAGUGACAUCUACUUCAGAUGUUUCACAAUGAUUGGUUGGAAGUCCUGUUAGAGUCACAACGUUUCUAUCAUUAUAUACAGGCCACACAUCAAUGUUUACACUGAUGUUGUGACAACGGAACACCACAGUGUCUCCGGUUCUUAUCUUUUCAUUUUUUUGCAUUUUCAAUUUUCCAGAAUAAAAGAAUAAAGGAAAGACAUCUCGAUUCAUUGGAUUGUCAUAAAGGGGGAGAGUGGUCCACACGCUGUUUACUCUCAAAAAUCAUUCUCGGACACUUCUCUCCUCCAGCUCAAAAACAAUGGCUCUCUACUCUCUCAUGUUCAUCAACUGCCAAGUCAGCUUCAAAUCUAAAGGUCAUCCAUGCUCACAAGUCAACCAUCAUUUUCCGCUGUGCCACCGACAACUGUUCCUCAAAAGCAUUCAUGAUCAAACAGUCAGAAAAGGCUACAUUCUGGAGGAUACAGAGGUCGGAUGAUCAAAUAUUGAAGAUGAAUCCCUUGUGCACCUAGAUCUCUUCAGAACAUUCAUUCUAGAGGCGCCAUAUGACUUCAUUCAAGCUGAUCAAGAGCAGUUUCUGGAAAGCAAGGACUAAAAGCAAGAUUUUGAAGAAUCCCUCAACCCCCGGCAUCAAAGAACAAAUUGAAUCAAUAACAGCAAGGGGAAGACUGUAAGGAUUUCUUCAUGAAGCCUUUCCAAGAAGACAAAAGAAGCUGAACUGCAUUGAAGAUCAAGAUAAACGAGGAGCAACCCAACAAAUCUCAUCUAUGCUCUCCUCCACAUUGAUGAAGCAACACAAACACAAAGAUACCCGCGCUGCAAUGCUGAGUAAACAAGAUUGAACACCAAGGGGGAGAUUGUUAGAGAUAUUUUAUGGUGUUAAAUCAUGUCUUACUUAAGUGUAUUUGUGUUGCAUUUAGUCUAAUUAAUAGACUAUUAUUAGACUAGUUAUUUUAGGUAAAGCCUUGUAAUGUGUGCAUUUGGGCCACCUCCAUUAAAGGGCCCAAUCACACUUAGGUCACAUCACCCAUUCCCUAGGCAUAUAAAUAUUGCCUUAAAGGGAAUGGGAUCUGAGGCCUUCCCAGAAAUUCCCUGCGCAAUAGCCUAGAGCUAGAGAGAGUUUACGCUACCUUGAAAUAUCAUUCUGUAAAACUCAUUCUCUAUCAAUGGAAGGUUUCAUUCUAUAAGCUCUA